AUGUCGUUCCAGCGGCCGUCGGCUGUCCUCCUUUUCGUGGUCGUCGCUAUACUUCUCUGCUUAGUCGACCCCGUCAUAGCAACAAAGAUCAGGAAUGGCGCCGAUCCCACUGUCAUGAAAAUCGGGAACACUUAUUACUCUGCCGAAUCGUCAGGAGGUGGUAUCGAUGUUCGUGCCGCAUCAUCCCUAGAAGGCCUCGGAGCCGCCAACGUUCAACGACAAAGAGUAUGGACUGACAACAACAACCGAGGUGAUGUCUGGGCUCCUGAGAUAACCACGGACCUGGGUCGAACUUUCAUCCACUUCUCGGCAGGGAAGGAUGCGGCUCAUCGCAUGUACGUUAUCAGCGCCGACUCCCCCCUCGGCUCGUACUCAACGGAAUCGAAGCUCGCACUGCCUGACGAUCAGUGGGCAAUCGAUGGCACCUUUUUCGUUUUUGAGGGCCGUGGGCUGGUUUGUCUGGUCUGGUUGGGAGAGCGAGAGCCGCAAUACCGAACAGAAUCUCUAUAUCUGUCGUAUGGACAGCCCGACCAAGCCCAUCGGCUCACGGGACCUGAAGCCAUCGUCGAUCCGGAUGGACAAUUGCACAUUGUAUACUCUGCGAACGGUAGUUGGGCGAGCAGAUACUGUCUUGGGGAUCUCCGACUCCGCAAAGGCGGCGACCCGGGAUAUGUAUGGGAUUGGUACAAGUCGAACGGAUGUCUCUUCGGUUCACACCAAGACCGAAUGAUGAAAGGUUGGGAUGCGACUCUUUCCAUCGACGGGCCUGGACACCAUACUUUUGCGCUCCCCAACGGCGCCGUGAACCAAAGCCCUGGCGGCACGAAUCAUAUCCCAUUCGUGUUCCAUGGCGUACCGAAAGGCACGCCGUACAGCUGGGAGAACCGCGCUUGGUUUACAGGGAGUUUUGUGUGGUGGAGCAAGACUGCUUACACACGUCAGAAUUCACCGGGCGAUGCGAGUAAUACGGGGUUUAGCUUUAAGUUUUUUGAGUAG